AUGACAAUCAGGGCAUUAGAGAAGGUCUCCGUUGGACAGAACGGCAUCGGUGCCUUCAUUUUGCAAUGCAAGAAGAUAGACGUCCAUUAUUGCGACCAUUCCGGAAGCUCCAGAGGAAUGAACUCUUUCAUUAAAUCACAACUGUCGAAGUUCGCUUCCUCUCACCCCCAGAUCGAAUUCACUGUAGCUCCUCGGCCGCAUAAACACCCCGUACUUAUCGGCCACUACAUUAAUGGAAAGCAAAAAUCCGUAUGUGUCAAAAAUAUGGACCCGCUCCAAAUACUAAAGAAGGUGGAAUUAUUACGAGAUGCAAGCGGGGAGAAGAUUAAGAAGGUCAACAAACCAAUCACGAGUAUCAAUGAGAGUGUGAGAGGAGUAUGGAGUCCUUACCAUGGCAACGGCAUGCCAGUAUAA